AGUUUUGUUGUUUCAAUCAACUCCCGCCCAACUCGGCUUGCGACCAAUCGCAUGCAAUCUUUUUUUUUUCUAGACACGGUGGUCGCCACAGAAUAGAGCAGGUAGUUCAUAUAUGUGCAAUGAUGCAUUUUUGUACUGAGGAGACCAGGACUGCACACAGUGUUCUAUAUGGGGUCUAACUUGGGCAUUGUAUAAUCUACGCAUAACCUCUCUAGACUUGUAUUCCACGCUUUUUGCAAUAUAGCCAUUCGAUUUGCCUUUUAUUUCCUCACCACAUUGGCAAGAGACUUUUAAUGAUGACUCCCCUAUAACCCUGAAAUAUCCUUUUCAAGGAUUUCAUGGGUACCAUGCACAAAAUAAAUAAAUAAAUGCCAGGAUUAUGCAAGGGAUGUACGAAUCACACAACACGUUUGCAAGAUUUGAAUUGAGAAAAAAGAUUACUGCAAUGAUCAUGUACAUUUGUGCAAGGUGUGCAGGAAACUCAUUUAUUUGACUUCAUUUGGGAAAACAAAGUCACAAGCCUUUGCUCACGGGUUCGCCUGGUCUCGAGCUUGAUAAGCAUUGUACCUGACACUGCUCGGUGACGUAACAACCUCCCAUUCUAGACUCCUCCAGGAGAGACUGUGGUGAGGGACCGUGUGUUACUUCUGUUUUUGACUUUGCCAAAAAUCAACCUGCAACAACUGGGACACUGCAAACACGACGACUACCAACGUCUGUCAUUUUCUGGUGGAAUACUGAAAAGCAUUCUUUUUUUGUUGUGGAAUGGCCCGUUGUUUUCAACAACCUUUUUUUUUUUUUUUUACUGAACCAUAAUUUGACUAUAUAGCUUAACAUUACAUGAAAAACUAUUUAUUUUGUUUAUUUUGUAGUAUUUGCCUGAGCCCAUAUAUUUUGAAACCUGAAUCUAUAUUUUGGACAGGCCUUAAGAACGGCAGUACUUAAUCUGAGCAGCGGUGCCCUGUCCCGGCAGUGAGAUGGCUCGGAGUUGCAGCUUGGAGUGUUUGGAGAACCAGCUCCUGUGUCCUAUCUGCCUGGAGGUGUUCGCCGAGCCCCUGAUGCUGCAAUGCGGCCACUCCUAUUGCAAGUCGUGCUUGAGCUCGAUGACCCUUGACCCAUACGGCCAGCUCCGGUGCCCCGUGUGCCGCUGCGAGGUGGACGGGGGCAGCUCCCCUCCCAACGUCUCCCUGGCCCGGAUUGUGGAAGCCAUGAGGGAGCUGAACGACUCUCACCCGGAGCUGGAGAGCUGCCUGCAGCACCACAACCCGCUGAGUCUCUUCUGCGAGCAGGACCAGGAGGUCAUCUGCGGGCUGUGUAGCAGCAUUGGCGCCCACCGGAACCAUAAAAUCACCCCGCUGACCAGCGUGUACAGCAGGAUGAAGGAGGAUCUUUCUGCUUUGUUGACUGAAAUUCAGACGCAGAAAAGAAAGCUGGAGGAGCAGAUCUGCAAAAUGGCUUACAACAAAUCCCGAAUCACAAACGAGUGUGACGUUUUCAAGUGGGUGAUCCGGAAGGAGUUUGGGGAGCUGCGGCGCUGUCUUGAGGAGGAGGAGUCCAUCUUCAUGCUCACUGUGGAGAGCAGGGCAGCGGCGCUGAUCAGCACCCUCCAGAAACAGGUGGAUGAGAUGGCAGAGAACCUGGGCAAGUUCCAGGAGAUCGAGGGGACCCUGGAGCAGCUGAACAAUGAGAGCCAACUCAGCUUCAUCAGGAAGUAUGGCUCCAUUGCUCCUGGAUGCAGAGAGGCUCAGCAGAAGCAGCAGAGGCGAGACAGGGUCUACAGCGCCAUCACCUUCAAACCAGGCUUCCACCACGACGACAUUAAGAUCACAGUCUGGAAGAAGCUGCACAGGAGGGUCCUGCCAGCCCCAGAGGCUCUGAAGCUGGACCCCCUAACAGCCCACCCCAUGCUCAAACUGAGCCUCAAUGACACGGUGGUGGAGUGCGGAGCCCUGGUCAACCGGCUGCCUAACAACCCUGAGCGUUUUAGCUACAGCUACUGCGCGCUCACCAGCCGCGGCUUCUCCUCGGGAAAGCACUACUGGGAGGUGACCGUCGGCAGCAAGAGCAAAUGGCGCCUGGGGCUCAUUAAAGGGACUACCAGCCGCAAAGGCAAGCUGCCCAAGAACCCUGAGAGCGGCGUGUGGCUCAUCGGCCUGAAGGACAGCCGGCUGUACGAGGCCUUCGCCAGCCACCGCACCGCCCUGCCCUUGGCGUCGCGGCCCGCCAAGAUCGGAGUCUUCCUGGACUACGAGAAGGGAGAGCUCACCUUUUAUAAUGCAGACAGCCCCCAGGAGCUGAGCUUCAUCUACAGCUUCCAGACCGAGCUGCAGGGCAAGGUGUACCCGCUCCUGGACACCUGCUGGCACGAGAGAGGAGGCAACACACUGCCGCUCAUCCUCACCCAGCCACACGCGGGCAAGCGUGCCUCAGAGCCAGAGCCAGCAUCCUUAACACAGAAGUGACGGAAGUACUGGGCAUAAAACAAACACGUCUUCAAGUGUAUUUAGAAUGAAUUGCAUAGGGAUAUACUUGUCUUCAAGUGUACAGAGAAUGAAUUGCAUAGGGUAGGUUAAGCUGGGAUAAAGGGUAUCUAUUCAGUAUAAUUAUUAUUCAUUUUUUGAAUGUACAUGCAACUGUCUGUGUUACUGAGCACCAGGGAUUGUAAAUAAAUGCAAUUCCUGUUUAUAAAAUAAAUAAACAAAUGUACUCAACAAAACUGUUUAUCUGAAGUUCUAUGUUUUAGAGUUAAUGUCACCCUCACGGCUACAAACCAGGUACUGAUUUAGGAGGACUGAA